AUAACCACUUGAAUCAUAAAUUCAUAAUACAUGAAUGGUACCUCAUUUCGUGUAUUAUAACAAGGACAAUAUCACCAACCUACAAACUAGUAUGCACAUAGUACCCGGACAGAGAGAUAGCCACGUGAAGAUCUCAUGUCAAGUCAAGAAAAGGAAAGGAAAUUGCAGAGCCAGAGAGAGAACAUUUGGCUACAAUGAAACGUAAGUAUCAGCACAACCAAGACAUGAAUGACCUGAGGCAGGCUUUGAUAUGACUAAAAGAACGUACACAAGAGCCAGCCUUCAUUUCUCAAUACUGUCCUCGAAUCUAGGCCGACAUAUACAAAAUACGAUCAGGCUGCUAGUGUAUACAUUUGUGGUUGGUUUACCAGAAGAGUAUACGUAUGCUGCACAUCGUACCGAGCUCGAUCUGUAGCCAUGUUCAAGGCCUGGAUAGCUCUUGGUAAUUCUUCACCGAAAUACUACGACUUGUAGAGAAGGUCCACACUAAGUCUCCCAUGGUUUAUCCACCUGCUCAUGUUCUUAGUCCAGCUACCUCUUCACUUUACUGCUCAAUGAUUUUACUCUACUUUUGACAGAACUCUGUUGCAUCCUACAUAGAAAAGUCUUUUAUAUAACAUAUAACUUGGAGAUCAAGUAGUUGACAGGAGUGAAGCUACAUGUAGUUUAGAGGACUUACAAAAAGACCUAUACAGACGAGAUGCCAUACACUGUACAAAGGACUAUGAAACUGACUAGCCAUCCAUGGAGGAAAAGGAGAUGUAUGUAGUCGCCCACCACUUCAUUAACUGGGCGUAGGCCACUCCCAAAGUGUCCUGCAAAAUUUCCUAUCACUCUGUUUCUCAUAAUACACCCACUGAGACCCCCUUUUCUCAAUAAGACAACAGAACUAAUUUUGGCAGUACAAUUAGUGAGAAAUUUUCCCUCCCGUGUUUAUGUUGUUGUUUGCUGUAGUACUCACACAGUUAGCAAACUUUAAGAGACCAAGGGAAAUAUCCAAGAAAUACUCGUCAAAACUAUCCAAGAAAGGUUAAGCCUAAUUGACCCUUUCUAUUUACCAUCUCUUGCCUUCCAUCCAACGAAAGUUCAUCUUUUGAGUUCUGCCCUUAAAGUUUGUAACUUUAUUUGUUUCAAACCAUCAACCAAAGUCAUUGCCCUUCUACAUUAAUUCUAUGUUAAGAGGGUAGGGAUAGAAUUACUAUAAAUUUAUGGGAUACAAACUGAUCACCUCAUAGUCAUUGCCCUUUCUCUGGCAGCAUUAAGUCAAUAACCUAAUGGUUUAAAUGUGAGAUGAUUGGAUCACGACACAAUCCAAAGGUUUGCAUAUGAUUCAAAUGGGUAUUCUAGCAAUAAGAAGAGAUUUCUACUUAUCACCCUUUUCUGAAAUUCUGUAGAGAGAAAUCAGAAAAGGAAGAAAGGGAAGGGAAGGGAGUGUGUACCGUGUAGGUGAAGGCUGUUAAAUACCAGCUAACCUAGUACAAACCUUUUAGUUCGCCGACACUGUCCUCUUCUAACCUCUAACCUCUUUCCUCUGCCGUCCCUUCUUCCUUUUCCUUUCCCCCCUUCAUUGAUCAUCAUUCAUCAUCGUCAUCAUAAUCCUGACCUCUUGCAGCUUUGCCUCCUAUAAUUACCUUGCCCUUGUCUUCUCUCUCUUUCUGUGCAUUCCUGUACUUUGAAAAGCCAGCCUUACCCAUUCUCUGUUGAAACUCUGAACUCCCCUGUACUUUCCUGUCACACAACUGAAACCUUCCUUCCCCUUGUUCUCUCCCUUGAACCCACCAACAAAACCAGCCCAAUGGUGCAAUCAAGGAAGUUCAGAGGCGUCAGGCAGCGUCAUUGGGGCUCUUGGGUCUCGGAAAUUCGACACCCUUUACUGAAACGGAGGAUCUGGCUGGGAACAUUCGAGACUGCCGAGGAAGCUGCGAGAGCAUACGACCAAGCAGCAAUCCUGAUGAGCGGACGCAACGCCAAGACCAAUUUCCCCGUUCCUCAGUCCACCACCUCCGGCGAAACCAAACCCUCCUCCUCCUCCUCAUCCUCAUCAUUCCCAUCAGCCCCGCCGCCGCCGAUAAAAAAUGGGCUGUCUGAAAUUCUCCACGCCAAGCUCCGCAAGUGCAGCAAGACGCCCUCGCCGUCGAUGACCUGCCUCAGGCUCGACACCGAGAGUUCCCACAUUGGGGUCUGGCAGAAACGCGCGGGGCAGCGGUCUGAUUCCAAUUGGGUCAUGACCGUCCAGCUAGGCAACCGAUCGUCGACUUCGAGCAAUACCCAGCUGGAAAAAGAAGCUACUGACAAUCCAAUAAGUACCGACAAUUCGGAAAAGGCGUCGGCAGAGCCGGUGCCGGAAAUCAGGAAGGAAAUUGAAGAAGAGGAGAGAAUGGCGCUGCAGAUGAUCGAGGAGCUGCUGAAUCGGAACUGCCCAAGUCCGAGUCCGAGUCCAAAUCCGAGUAAUGAGUUCGGAAUCGACGGAGCGGCGGCGGCGGAAGCAAGGGAAGAGGAUAGUGGCAGUGGAGAGCUGAGUGAGCUGCUUCAGGGGAGCUUUUUCAUAUGAGACAAAAAAAAAAAAAAAAAAAAACAGGGUGGUGUGUCUUUAUCAUGGGAUAUCUGUUGUGUUUUUUCUUUAUUUUAUUUAAUUUGUCAAUUAAUUAUAUUAUUAUAUGAUAUUUAUAUGUGUAUAGGGAUUGGAAAUUUGCAUGUGAAUUUCCUUUCAUAUGUUUUUUUAUCCUUUCUGCCUAGGAUAUUAAUAUUAUAGGGAAAUAUAUAGUACCCAAGAAGGGAAAAUAAAUUUUAAUGGAAUUU